UUCAUGAAUUCUGUCGAUAAAGUACACCAUGACGAUUCGAAACAUAGAAAACAGAGUCCACUAUAUAAUGUUUUAAAAUCUUCUCUUGAAAGCUUUGUUAGGGAAACACUUGAACCCGACACAGGUUAUAAUACUAGCUGCGGUGCUGUUGUUGAUCGUUUGUGUAACAUCAUGAAACAGAAUUUCCCAAAAGAACUGCGACCAGCACAGAUCAUCAAGGGUGGCUCCCUUGGUAAAGGUACGGCAGUGAAGGGAAAAUCAGAUGUCGAUCUUGUAGUUUUUUUACCGUUUGAUUCAAUUCGAUCCCUUCAAGAGAAAAUGGACACAGUACUAAAUGACAUGGAAACCUACUUGCAUGAUGGGGAAUGUACGAUUGAGGGCCAAACCCAACACGCUGUAAAGGUGUCUGUGUCAUGUCAUCAAGGACAUACUCAUGAUGUUGACAUUUUGCCUAGCAUCAGCUUUCUAGACAAAUGUAAGUACAAACCAUAUAGGAUAGAUUAA